UAUUCUCAAUAUAAUGUGUUUGUCUCAUACCUCAAAAAUGUGAUGGUGACCAUCAUAGGACACCGGGAUACCAAUGACCAACUAUCGCUUCAGUCUUUUUAUAAGAAAUGUUAUCACUGCAAUUUGUAAGAUCAUUUGAUUUCAGUAGCUCUGAAAUCUGAAAUCUAACAUCAGUGCACAAAAGAAAGUCAGCUCAAAAUGGAAUUAAACAGCCCCAUCAGUUUAUCAGCUGUUUCGAUAGGUACAAGCGUGCUUCCGUUUAUACUAGUUCUUUGUUGUCUAGUAACACAGAAAAGGAAGACUGAUAAUGCCAAGCGAAAACCACCACAACCAUCAGGUUCAUGGCCUAUUAUUGGCCAUCUACCUCUUCUAAGAAGAGGGCUUCCUCACAUAAUUAUGGGGAAUUUAGCAGACAAGUAUGGUCCGAUUUUCAUGAUGAAGCUUGGUGUCCACCAAGCCUUAGUUGUAAACUCAUCAGAGACGGCUAAAGAGUGUCUACACACCAAUGACAGAGUAUUUGCUAGUCGGCCCUGCUCAACAGCUGCAGAGCAUUUGGGUUACAAUUCUCUCCUGCUGGGAUAUAGCCCUUAUGGCCCCUACUGGCGUGAGAUGCGUAAGAUAGUCAUGUCUAAGCUCCUGUCCAAUAACCGGCUAGAGAUGUUAGAACGUGAACGAACAUCUGAGGUAAGAUCGGUCAUAAAAGCCAUUUAUGAAAGUUAUUUAAUCAAACGAAAAUUAAGUCCUGGUAAUGAUAGUAGUUUCAUAGUGGAUAUGAAGCAAUGUUUUAAUGACAUAAGCAGUAAUACUUCAGUAAAAUUAAUUGCUGGAAAGUCACUGAAUGAGUUUUAUCCUGGUGAGGAAGAACAUUAUAAGUGCACAAAGGCGUUGAGAGAUUUUUUCGACUUGGGAGGUGUCUUUGUUCCCUCUGAUGCUCUUCCCUUUUUGGGGUGGUUGGAUAAUGGAGGGUAUCAAAAGGCUAUGAAGAAAGUCGCAAAGGAAAUCAAUCAUGUAGCUCAAGGUUGGUUGGAUGAGCAUAAAGCAAGACGACUCUCAGAAAAUCAGGGGAAAGAAAAACAGGACUUCAUCGAUGUAAUGCUUGGUAUCAUGGAAACUAGAAAGAAUGAUCCUGCAUUACUUGAAGCAGAUAAAAUCAUCAAGGCCAUUAGCAUGGCAAUGAUACUAGGAGCAACAGACACAACAUCAGCAACCUUAACAUGGGCAUUGUCAUUACUAUUGAAUAACAGAGAAUCACUGAAAAAGGCUCAAACUGAGAUAGACAACCAAGUGGGAAAAGGCAGGCUAGUCGAAGAAUCGGACCUCAAGAAACUAAUCUACUUGCAAGCUGUCAUAAAAGAGACUAUGAGGCUAUAUCCAGCCGUGCCACUAACACAACGCGAAGCCAUUACAGACUGUACUGUGAGUGGUUACCAGAUCCUUGCAGGCACUCAACUCUUUAUCAAUAUUUCGAAGAUUCAAAGAGACCCGAAACUGUGGACUGAUCCAUUAGAGUUUCGGCCUGAAAGGUUUCUUACUACACACACAGAAUGUGAUGUCAGAGGACAAAACUUUGAACUUAUUCCUUUUGGAAGCGGCAGAAGAAGUUGUCCUGGAAUAACUUAUGCUCUUCUGUCCAUGCAAUUUACAUUAGCUAAUUUACUCCAUUCUUUCGAUGUCUCGACUCUAGCUGAUGAAGCUGUCGACAUGACUGAGGGUUUUGGAAUUACCAACUUGAAAGUCACACCACUUGAAGUCCUUCUCAACCCGCGUCUCCCAGACCAUGCUUUUAAACUAUAUUAAUCCUAGAAUGGUUGUUGAUUAUUCAUCGCCACCAAUAGAAUUUAUAUGUACUUGUCAAACUAGUAAUUAUAAGAUUCUGUCAUCAUGUAUUGCACGGGUCUUAAAUUGAAAUUAUGAUUAGUAUGGGGAUGACUUAAGUGAUAUCGAUUAGGUGGGAUGAAUUUGUACUCUAUACACUUAUUUUCAACAAUGCAGGUCAAGUAAAAUGGUUAUCGGAUUUUUGCCUUUGGAGUAAUGAGCCAAGAAAAGACUUUGAAAGA